CAGAGUAUAAUACGAAGAACAACGUUUAGUACUUGUUUCGCGUUGGACAUUAGACCAUAAACAGACAGAAAUAUGGCUUACUGCAUCCAAAAGCUACAGGAUGAAAGGUUUAAGAAUUGGCUAAAGGGAGCUCUUGCAAUAAUCUUUUGCAAAGAAGGACUGGAAGAUUUUGUGUUGGAUGAAAUGACACAAUUCCAACGAGAUAUUCUACAAAAUAUCUACACUAAUUAUGGAGUUAAACCAUAUACAGUCUGCACAUUUUGUACAACCGCAAAUGUUCUGCCUUGUGGUACCAAGAAUUUCUGCUCCGUUGGAAAGAAAUGCUUCGUGCACGAUUCAAAAGUCCCCAACAAAACGCCCAAUCAGCAAUGUCCGAAUCGGAUCUGCCAAAGGUUAUCUGAUUCAAUACGAACCAUGCAUCGGUUCACUAAUCCAUCUUGGAAGAACACGGAUGCAACGUUAUGGUGUACUGACGCCUUCUAUAUUGCAAAAUGUUACCUGCCACCAGAUGGUUACGGUGGGGCCACGUCCAUCAGAGAGGUCGAUUUCAAUGGGGUCAUCAGUGCGAUUCUUACCAAUAAGAGGUUCCAAAACAAGUUGGCGAUAAAUCUAUUUCUGAAAACGAAUAUAUGCACAAAGGCUCGAGAUAUAGGUAGAGCUGUACGUCAUUCGUCGGAUCUGUCAAUAGAAGACAAUGACCUUAACAGAUAUAUCGAUGCACUGGUUGAUCUUUUAUCUGAUGCAAAGUACUUGUCCUCUGAUAUGAAGGCAAACGACGCAGUAGAUAAACUGAGAAAGCUAAAAGUUGGGUCAUUUGUGAUAACAACAGAAGACAUAACCAAGAUUCUUGAAGAUACCUCAAAGAAUCUAUUGUCAACCAGUGUUGGACAAAUGAAAGAUCGUCAUGACGAGGCCAUCAAAAGUAUCAGUCAGAAAGAAGAAAUUAUUGGAGACUUAAUUGAGAAACACAGAAAAGAUAUUAAUGAGCGGAAAGUUAAGCUGCUGCAAGAAAUACAAAAUGAGAUGGGAAAACUAAAGCAUAUUACAAAUGAAAGCCUUGCUGAACUAAUUGAGGCAAAGGAAAUCCAGAUUGAAGAAAUUAGGAAGGAAGUGGAUGAUAUGGUAGCUCUGUUAAAGCAGUCUGGCGAAGAAGAAAGAAAGUACUUGGUAGAGACUGGAGACCUUGAACGUAAAUCACUUCAACAAAUUUCUAAACAAGUGAUAGAUAAUAUUGAGCGUUUGGUUAGCUCGAAAUUGGCUGAAGUUCAAAUGACAGCAGAGACAGCUAUACGUGACAUUCAGAAGACAGAGGCAGAAUGCAUAACACACAGGAAUGAUACCGAUUAUCUCCGAUUAAAAUCAGAUCUUCAAGAAGAUCUCGUUGAAUGGUACAGACAUCGGUAUUGGACACUGCCGAUUUCACCGAUGGUUCAAGAAAAUGACGCGAAACUAAUAGAGUUCUACGUGAAUCCAACAAUGUAUUGUACAAAUCAAGCGCAUAGUAAUGACAGUUCAAACACGGAAAUCCGAUCCUACCAAGACAUUUUUUACACUGAAACUUAUCGCUGUAAAAACAUCUAUAUAACAGCUGACGCAGGAUCUGGGAAAACAUCUUUCGUACAAAAAAUGGCUCUCACGUGGUGUCAGUCUCGAUCCAAACUGGAGACUGAAGAAAUUUACUUUCAAAAUGAUGAUCUAGAAAGCAUGGGACAUUUUCAGUUCUUGUUUGUCAUUAUAUUACGAGAGGCAAACCUCACUGAAUGUGGUGUAGAUGAUUUUAUUGAAAGUCAAGUUCUAAGAAAUUUGUCUCGCGCUCGUCAGUAUACAGCUGACAUCAUGGAAAGAAUAUUGCAUGAAGAAAAGUGUUUGGUAAUCCUAGACGGCCUUGACGAAUGGAUGCAUCCUGUAACACGAUCCCCGAAAUUAAGUUGCUGGUCAACAAGGCCAAAAAUACCUCAUAAGAAAGCUAGACUUAAAACCACGUUCAUUUCUACAACAAGACGGUGGAAAAUGGGCAAUUAUUCAGAAGCAUUUUCGAACAUCGAUAAGAACAUAGAGUUAAAGUACCUCGACAAAGAAUCAUCUGAUAAACUCACUGCCAAUGUGUUAUCAAAGCUUAAUUAUCGGUACGGGAAGAAUAAAAAGCCUGAAACCUUUUCUGACCAAUUAAGUUACACACAGCUUUAUUUUGAUCACAUAAGAUAUGUUCCCAUAAUGCUGAUACAACUGAUCUGUCUAUGGUUUAAUGGAAAAGCCAUUCUGAAAACCUCAUGUCAAGUUUUUAGCGAAAUGAUAGAACUACGCAUGGAACUGGAAAACGAAAAGCACGAUUUGGAACAAUGUGAAGACAGUGAAAAUGAUUCGAAAAAUUCAGGAACUGUUGAUUUAGAUCUUAUUCCAAAGUGCCUAAAGAGGAAUGGAUACAUUGUGAAACAGUUCACACUUUUAAAAAUAUUAGGACAUCUUGCUUAUGAUGCAUCCUUCGGUGAUAACAAUGAGUUAACAACGGUUACCGUCUUUGACAGGAAAUAUGUUCUUAAUUAUAUGACAGCUUUUCAGUUACAGUACUGUUUUAAACUAGGACUUUUAACACAGAGUAGAUCAAAUAAUCUCUCUGCAAGAAUGGCUGCUAUUUCAUUUCAGCACAAACUAUUUCAAGAUUAUUUUGCCGCUUUAUUCAUAGCAUCUAGCAAUAAAACCGACAGUUUUGACAGAGUAUUAAGAAAUUGGAAUUCUGUAGGAUAUUUCAAUAAUGAAUUAUGGCCAAUGUUAAAAUUCUUAAGCGGGUUUUCACCAGGCGCUACAAGUCAUAUUAUUGCUGGCGUUGGGCGUCUACUGAAAGAAGAUACAUGCACGACAAGAUAUAGACGUUCAGGCUAUUCCUUUCAUUUUAGUAAUAAUACAAUCAGAAGUCAUAAAUUGAAGCUUUUUCAAGAUAAAAUGAUAACAUCAUUACGCAUAUCUCGGGAAACUGGAAACGGAGAUGUCCACUGUGACGUUAAAGAUCUCUUCUUUAUAAAGGAUGACAUUAACCAUGAUAAUCACAAGCGUUGUCUAAAGGAUAUCAUUAGCUGGAACAAAGAUAACAUAAAAUCAGUAUGUAUUUUAGACUAUGAUGACCCAGAAGAAAUAUCUGAUAUCAUAGCAACUUACGGAUUAGUGAACCUACCUUCUCUGCAAAGGUUGCAUUUACCUGGCUACUUCAGAGCAGACGACAUAUACCAGCUUUUGUCAGGAUCUGUUCAAACAAUAGAAAAUUUUCAAUUUGAUGGCCGAAAAUCAAUAAAAAGUAAUGUGGAUGCACCUCGAAACAUUCCAUUCUACGAUAAAAGGUUACAUGUAUUUCAGAAGAUGAAACAUCUUCAAGUCCUCUACUUACGUAAUGCAAUGAUGCUUCAUGAUCAGAUAAGACAGUUACGUGCUGUCAUAUCACUGAAAACAGACAUGGAAUAUGUAGGAUUGUACAAUAUUAUGUGCAAACAACAUGGUGGAUAUACAUGUGGUGAUGGUACUCUAGACCUUUCUAAACAUUGUAAAUUGAAAGUACUGAGACUAGGAUAUUUUCCUGUGCAGAAAUUGUUAUUUAAUGCUCUACAACUACAGGAAUACAGAAUAAGUUGGUAUCCCGAUAGUGAAGUAAUGGCAUCCGCCUUCAACUCACUUGAGAAAGCAGAAAAUCUUGAAACUAUGUACUGCCAUGACAUGAAAACUUGCUCCAAUGUAACCUACAUGAUAACAGCAUUGCAAAAACUAACAUGCUUGCAAAACCUUGUUAUACGGCACUGUGAUUUUGGUGAUGAGGAAUUAUUGCUGCCUCUCGAAAUGAAACGCUUAGAGUAUCUGUUUAUGUUUAAAACAUCAAUGACAUGCUCCUCACUCCGCAAGUUAGUCAACAGAUUAGAGACUUAUCCAGAGUAUGUUGAGGUACGACUAUGGAAGUGUAAAAUACUGCCACAGGAGGACUAUAAUACAUUUAAAACGUAUAUUCGCAAUUCAGAAAUAUGGAAAGUUCUUCUUGAUGGACCAAAUGCUUGGGAAAAAGAAGAAUUUAGAUUUGACAAAAAUAAAAACACGAUCUUUUAUAAAGAAAACAUUUGUUUUAAAUGAAGAUUAAAAUGCAUGCAGAAAAAGUACAGGUUACUUGUUGGAAAUAUACAUUGUUGGUGUGUUAUUUGACACACUGAUAUGGUUAUCUUAUAGAACAUUCAGUGUUAAUAUAAACUGUAUGAGAGAUAAGCAUUAAAAAUUUAAGUGCAGAUCAAAAUGGU